UGAGUUUUCUCUCUCUCUCUCUCUCUACUUUUCCUUCUUUUUUUCCCCGGAAAAUUUUACUUUCCCGGAAACCCACAUUUUCUCGGGAAACAAACAGAAAAAAAAAAUGGACGUGGGUUUGGGUUUGGUUAUUGUAAUGGCGGUGACGGCGUAUCUUCUGUGGUUUACGUUCAUUUCCCGGUCGUUGAAAGGGCCUCAAAUGUGGCCGUUGCUCGGCAGCUUGCCGGGGUUGAUAGAGAAUUGCGACCGUUUACACGACUGGAUCUCCGACAACCUCCGUGCUUGCGGCGGCACUUAUCAAACAUGCAUUUGGGCCUUCCCUUUCUUCGCAACAAAACAGGGCCUCGUGACUGUCACGUGCGACCCGAGAAAUCUGGAGCAUAUACUCAAGACCCGAUUCGAUAAUUACCCUAAGGGCCCCACUUGGCAAGCUGUAUUUCACGAGUUACUUGGCCAAGGUAUUUUUAAUUCUGAUGGUGACACGUGGCUCUUCCAGAGAAAAACUGCUGCCUUGGAAUUUACUACUAGGACCCUUCGUCAAGCCAUGGCUCGAUGGGUUAGCCGAGCUAUUAAGUUGAGGUUUUGUCCUAUUCUUAAACAAGCCGAGCUUAAUUCUCAGCCGAUUGAUCUUCAGGAUGUGUUGUUGCGGCUUACUUUUGAUAAUAUUUGCGGCUUGGCUUUUGGGAAAGAUCCUAUGACUUGCGCGCCGGGUUUCCCUGAAAAUGGCUUUGCUAUGGCUUUUGAUCGAGCCACUGAAGCUUCGUUGCAACGGUUUAUUUUGCCGGAGGUUCUUUGGAAAUUUAAAAAGUGGCUUCGGCUUGGUAUGGAAGUCAGCUUGAGCCGGAGUCUCGUUCAUAUCGAGGAGUAUUUAUCCAGUGUUAUUGAUUCACGUAAGCUCGAGUUGCUGAAUCAGCUUAAAGACUCGACCCCACAUGAUGAUUUAUUGUCACGUUUCAUGAAGAAGAAGGAAAGUAAUUACUCCAACGCGUUUCUUCGCCAUGUGGCGCUUAAUUUCAUCCUAGCUGGACGGGACACGUCAUCCGUUGCUCUGAGCUGGUUCUUCUGGUUGGUUACAUUAAACCCACAAAUUGAAGAAAAAAUCCUCCGCGAGAUCUGCACCGUUCUGAUUGAGACACGUGGCAAUAACAUUCAAUCAUGGCUGGAUGAGCCGUUAGGAUUUGAAGAGAUCGACCGUCUGAUUUAUCUCAAAGCCGCUCUCACCGAAACCCUUAGACUGUACCCGUCGGUGCCGGAGGAUUCAAAGCACGUCGUCGCCGACGACAUUCUUCCCGACGGAACCUUCGUUCCGGCGGGAUCGUCGGUGACUUAUUCAAUUUAUUCCACCGGAAGAAUGAAGUCGACGUGGGGAGAAGACUGCCUCGAAUUCCGGCCGGAGCGGUGGCUGACGGCGGACGGGAAGAAAUUCAUACCAUACGAUCCGUACAAAUUCGUAGCGUUCAAUGCAGGGCCAAGGAUCUGCUUGGGGAAGGAUUUGGCGUAUUUACAGAUGAAGUCGAUAGCGGCGGCGGUACUUCUCCGACACCGGCUGACGGUGGCGGCAGGGCAUAAGGUGGAGCAGAAAAUGUCGUUGACGCUGUUUAUGAAGUACGGGCUGAAGGUGAACGUUCACCGGAGGGAGUUGGAAGGAAUAGUGGAAAGCAUAAGGGGCAAAAACGGAAAUUCACAAGGGAAUGAUACUCCGUUAGUCGCCGUUGUGAACUGUAACGGCGGGUGUAACGGUUUUAACGACGUACAACGCUAAGGGCGUGUUUGGUUGUUCGGUAAAUUUAAGAGGUUAAUUAAAAAAAUUAUUAUA